AUUCAUUAGGCGUUUUAAUAUGAAAAUCAUAAUUAAGGUACAAAUAAUUAUUUUUAUUUGUCAAAGCCCAACUUCACAAUACAAAACGCCUGCAACACGUUUCCACAAUUCUGCAAUACGAAAUCGGCAUCAAUUUGGAAUUAGUUACAAUAAUAAAGAAAAUAAAAUGAAGUUAUACGGAGAUAGAAAAGUAAAGAUUUUGGAUAAGGUAUCAGAUGUGAGCAGUAAUGAAUUCGGGUAUUCAGAAGAAUGUCUAUGCUCUUGCAAUAAUUGUAUAAAUCCUAAGGAAUGUUGUGAAGAAAUGUGUGUUGCUUGUCCGGGGCCGAACGAUUACAGGAAGUUACGGCCAUAUAAUAAACCAUCGGGGUUAAAUCACUUAAGUAUUAAGCAGUCAGGAAUGAUUAUUCCAAGCAUUAUGCCAUUCGGAUUAAAUUAUCCAAAACUUUUUCCUUCAUGGACAAAAGAUCCAAAUCUUCUGCGUCAAAACGAUCUCACUUCUAGUACAGCUGCUCCUUACGUAAGGAUUACUACAACAUCAACAGAAACAACACCAACGACUGAAACAACUUCGGAAACAACAACGACAACCGACACAACAACAACAACAACGACCACAACAACAAGAACGACGAAAAAACCUACCACGUCCACAAAACCACCAGUUACAAAACCUAUUGAAAGAAAUGUCAAUUUUUUCAUCCCUGGUAUUGAAAAAAAUAAAUACAUGUUUGGUAUUGAAGAAGUAUUCCACCAUGCACAUGAACAUAUGAAUAAUUAUGCACGCAUAUUAAGUACAACUAAUGAUCGAACCAGAAAAGGUAUAAGACUAACUAAAGAUAUUUUUAAAUCAAGCGAUGUUUAUCCCAUUUCAUUAUUUAUGUGAGAAUUG